CGCAAAAACAACAAUACGCAACUGUUUUCCCUUCCUCUUAUAUUGAUAGAAAAUUUUUAUUUUCUCAACAUUUAUGGCGAGGCCUGCCGCCAAAACUUCAUUUCAUGGCUUUAUUUUAUCUAGAGGGUAAGAUAUAACUGCGGAACUCUCUGAUUUUAAUAAUAAAUAACGUAAAUAAAUAUCUAUGGAUAACUACGUCUGGUUGGUAUCUAUAGUACAUAACGUUAUAUAGAGAUGGCGCCACUUGGAGUAUAAUUGUAGCGGAUCUAAUCUAAUCACUACGGUUUUACAGAGAAACACCACGCGACUACCGAUCAAUGAAACGUUUUUAUUUCGCUAGCACGUUUACAGGAGCCCACACAUGGGGCGAUGCUUUUGUACAAACAGAUUCUCUCAGACGCCACGCUUCUUGGAGGGAAGUCCCCGUUGUCGUGUAGAAGAUGGCUGCCGCCCGAAUGACCUCCGCCUAGGCAAAUAGGAGGUAUACCACCUCUUUACCCAUGGUAUGGAGUGGGGAGUGAGAGCCAGAGAGAGGAAGCAAGAGUCUAUUACAAAUUAUAUAGAAUGACUAACACGUGGUAGAAUAUCGUUCAAUGCAAUUGUUUUCAUAUAUGUCUUUAUUUGUUGUUGGAAAUAUAUCUUACGUAUAAUUUUUCAUAAAAAUUAAUGUAAUAAAUCUAGAGGUGGCUUCAGAAUUUUUCAAACAUGACUCGAUUCGCUAGAGCUAAAGGAUCUAAAGCUUCCAAUGAAAGAUUACCUAAUGACCCUACACCAUGGCACGUAAUGAAACAACAAUUAGUAGAGAAUUUAUCCACGUCUCAAGGAUAUUCAGAAAAAACGAAAUCCACAAAAGAAUUGUUAUGUGAAAAGCAAAGUACUUCUGAUAUUACAAAUGACAAAAGUAAUUGGGCAGAAUUUGAAAACAGUUAUGAAAGGAAAAAUAAUUCGGAAGUCAAAAAAGCCAUGAAACGCAAGACACAGUCAAGUAUAGUAAAAGAAAAUCAAAAUGUAUCUUCAGAUAAACACGAUGAAAGUAAUGUUAAAGUUAAAAAGAGAAAUAUUGAUGAGGUUGAUAGAUCUGUGACAGAAGUAAAAGAUAAGGAUAAAAAAAGUAAUAAUCAAUAUAACAAUAAAAGUAAUAAGCAGAACAAAGUGGAUGAGUUGAAUAAUGAGACAAACAAUGUACAUGAUUCAAAGAACAAAACUAAAGGUAUGUUAUCUAAACGUCAAAAACGCAAUAUGAAAAGAAGACAAAACGCAGGAUUUGAAACAAGAAAUGAUAACAAUUCUGAGAGUAUUAACAAUAUGAAUAAUGAUAAAAGGGAGGGUAUGGGAAAUGGUCAAACAAGAAGGUUUGAUAAAAGAUUUGGGGAUCAGUCUACAGAUUUUAGAAAUGGUCCAUAUAAAUUUGGUAUGCAAAAAUUGGAAAAUAAUAAGAAGAAGCAGAAACCUCCUAAAAUUCGAGAUGAUAAAGAACACAUAAGAAGGAAACCAGAUAUAGGCUAUACUAAAUUAGUAAUCAAUGGUGUUGAAGUUGAAAUUGUAAAGUUUGAUGGUUUUCCAGUUAAAAAGGAAGAUGCAGAUAGAUUACAUGAAUUGAAACAAAAAAUGAUUAUGAAAGGAAUUCCAGAGAGGGAGAUAAAUGUAGCCAUGAAAUUAGAAAGAAGAAAAGCCGAGAAAGCACUGGCAAGAAUUAAAAAGUGCGUUUGCUUUCAUUGCCGUAAAUCAGGACAUAAUUUGUCUGAUUGCCCUGAACUUGGAUCUGAACAAGCAGGUACCGGUAUCUGCUUUAAAUGUGGAUCAACAGAACACACACAUUUUGAAUGCAAAGUAGCUAAACCAACGGAAUUUCGAUACGCAACUUGUUUCAUUUGUCGCGAGCAAGGGCAUAUUGCUAAACAAUGUCCUGAUAAUCCUAAGGGAGUAUAUCCUCAAGGAGGUUGUUGUAAAAUUUGUGGAGAUGUUACACAUUUAAAAAAGGAUUGUCCAGAUUUAAUAAAGGAAAGGGAGGAAAAUACCGUCACAGUAACCACGAUUGCAAAUGGUGACAUAGAAUGUUUGGAAGAAAACAAGAAGAUUCUAAAUGAAAACAAUGAUAACAAAUCUAAAAAAAUAGUGAAAUUUUAAUACAAUGUAAUAUAACUAACUAUAACACGGACAUACAUGUUUCGUAUUAUGUAAUUGUAUUUAUGUAUAUAUCUCAAUGAGCUAAAGACUUGCAAUGUAAACAUAAAAUUUAUUGAAAGAUACAUGUAUUUGACAUGUAUAUACAUAUACAUAUUUUCCGUACAUAUAUUUUAAUGUUUUCUAAACUACUACGCUGAAAAAUCUGAUAUCAACCAAAACAUAAUGAAUUUUAUUACAAUUGAUAUAUUCCCUAUUUACAUCAUUAUUAGAUUUAUAAAUCAGUACUUUUUAUAUAUUAGUUGUACAAUGAAAUUGUAAAAUUAUGUACUCAUUUAAAUAAAUUUUUCUAAAUUAAAAAAAUAAAUUAUUUGUUAAAGUUUUAUGAUAUCAGAUUUUUUCUAUGUACAGAGCGCAAAUCAUGAAAAUAUAUUUAGAUAUAUGAAUAUUAUCUGUACAUAGUCGAUUCUUAU